AUGUAUUUAAAAGUCAUAUUUAGAGACGAAGAUCACACAUAUUGGAGACCUGAUUUCUCAUCAAAAACAACGAUCAGGUGCCAUGUAGUCUUUUUCAAAAAAAAAAAAAAAAAAAGGGUUUUUAGUGUAUUUUCAUUCUCCUUUGCUAACACUUGGUUUCAGAUACACACUAUCAGUAACGUUAUUACCGCCGCAGCUAUGUCUGAUAAUAUAAAUAGAAGGAACUCUCAUAGAUGGAUAUCUGUGUCGAAAGGUAACUAUGAUGGUACAGAGUGGGAAAGCGAUAAUUCAGGAGAUGAAUCUAGCCAUAUUUCAAUAUGUAAGGUUGCCGAAGUACCUUUGCUGCCUGUGCUAAAUACUACGAUGGCACAAGGUUCUAAUUAUAAUCUGACUUCGUUGCCGUCAGAUAUAGAGCCGACAGAAGCCAAGAGUUUCUCUCUAUCAACAAAUACAUAUUCUGAAGAUUCCAUGGGUUUGAGGAUUAAUAACAAUGAAGAAGUUGUACAACGGAAGGGCUCAAAAACUAAAAGAACUUCUGUAAAACCUGUAAUUCUUUCCGUGCAAAAUGUUAAUAAAGAUUUGGAGUCUUUGAUGGAUGAAAUUUCGAAAGAGCUGUCACCUAGAGUUGGUGAUUCAGUAGAAACAAUAAGGAAUCCAGCUAGUCCAAAGAAAGAGAAUGGAACUAGCUUCCAAGAUACAGGAUUUGCAACUGUUCGACCAACUGGGAAUAGUUACAUACAACUCGGUGAGCGCUCUAAAGAAGAUGGGAAUGAAGUUUUAGGGCAAUCUGAUGCUGAUGUUGAAAGUGAUGUUGAAAAUAAGAUAUCAAAUCACUCAAACUUCUCCAAUCAUGAGAAUAAAUCGCACAAAAAAGACACUCCUAGAAAAUCCACCAAAAGGAAAUCUAGUGUCAUAAAAACUAAAACUAGAGCAGCGGCUCGUCGUUCGCUGGCUGAGAUUUCCAUCAAAGGAGACGAUAUUAACUCUACUGAUGGUAACGUACCCAAUCCUGCACAAAAUGAUGAGAACUCCUCUGAUAAUCUCCCAAGAGGUGAUAUUAACCUACCUGUGUUACCUUUAGAAAGGGCUAUGAAUUUCGAAAAAACCAAAGAAAAAGAGUCUCCCGUAAAAACACAGAGGCUCUCAAUUGUGAAUUUAGACCAGGUAGAAUGUUCAAGUUCAGAUGACGAAACUAGUAGCUCGAUCGCAACUUCAAUUACUGCUGUACCUCAAGUUAUUGUGAAUCCCGAAUUUCUACCGACGACAGAUACAUCCUUACAAGGUGCUGGUAAGAAGUUAACAUCAACUGGAGAUCAAAUAAAUGCUUACAUUGAAGAGAGCCCAAAUGAAGACAAAGGAGGGGAUGCUUUAGCUGCUACACUACCACCACAACUUGAUACGCAUGCCAAUAGAUAUCUGUUUUUGAAACAGUCCCUUCCUGAUCGAGAGUCGGAAAACUCAGAUGCUAAUAGCCAAUUAGCACAAUUUGAAAGUUUUGACGAAGCAGAUGAGGUGAAUACUUCAGAUGUAGAUGAUACGGAAUCAACCUGGGAGGGAUUUCCUACUGCUGGUGAUGACAACGAUAAUGACGACCUGCAAUCGGUAAUGGAUACAAGAACAAUUUACGAUAACCAAACUAUUUUUAAUGUCCCAGGGAUUCUGGCACCCCAACAUGAGCUGCCUCCACUGCCCUCUAUUGUUCCGGACUUCCAAAACCAACAGGAGAUUGGAAAUGAUUAUAUUGCUAAAACGGAACCAAAUGUAAUGCAUACGACAGCUAAUAACAAGCUUAAAGAUGAAAACGAUGGAGUAUCACUGCAAUCAUCCAAUUUAAGAAGUCAUUCACAUAAUUUUGAGAAUGAAAAAACUGCCCAUCACCAAAUUAAGACUAAUUUUAUUCCUUAUAUGGAUACAAAUGCCCUUCUGAACAGUGAUCGUCCACAUUCUGUGAAGAUAGAACAGCUUAAUCAGCAUAUGAAAGAACUUUCUAUGUAUGAUACUAAUCUCAGGGAGUGGAUAAGUUAUGCUUUAAGUUCAACUCAAAAUUCAAAUGAAACGAUUUUCGAUGAAUUCAAGUUAAAUAAACAUGCUAGGGAUGCCCAGCUGCACAUUGAAGAAGUUAGUAAACUCCAAAGUGUAACUUCAGCCGUUCGUAAAAAGGCCUUCUCACAUAGCGUAAAAGUUGGUGCUAAAGGAUUUCUAUCUUCAUUCGGUAAAAAGUUGUAG